UGAUGAUCCUUGGGUGCAUGUUUCUGCCCAGCCCUGAGAAUUUUGCCGAGGCUGCUUCACUUUGUGUAACUGGUUCAGCGUCUUGUGUGUAGUGCAUCCUUAUCUUAAGCACCGCGGAUUCUUUAGAACAAAGUCUGGGUCGGUCAGCACAUUGAUGCGAGUUGCCUUUUGACGUAGCUGCAGCCAUGGCCCACUGCUAGGACCCACGUGUCCUGUACCCAAGGGCAGUCCAGAAUGACCGAAGAAGCAUGCCGAACCCGGAGCCAGAAGCGAGCGCUUGAGCCCGACCUGCUGGAGGAUGAUGCGGAGAGCAAGAGAAUAAAAAUGGAGAGAGGACUGUCGGCUGCAGACCUCAGCCCUGAGGGUGACAGGAGGGUGACGCCAGAGCCGGGAGCAGGCCUGGCCCAAGGACUGCUGGGGGCCGCGGAGGCCCCUGCGGUGGCUGUGGGCAGAGGCGAAGGGCUGCUGGGCGACGGGCCUGUGGACAUGCGCACCUCCCACAGCGACAUGAAGUCUGAGAGGAGGCCCCCCUCCCCCGACGUGAUCGUGCUCUCUGACAGCGAGCAGCCUUCCAGCCCGCGCAUGAACGGGCUGACCAAGGUGGCCUUGAAGGAGACCAGCACCGAGGCCCUCAUGAAAAGUAGUCCUGAGGAGCGGGAAAGGAUGAUCAAGCAGCUGAAAGAAGAGCUAAGACUAGAAGAAGCGAAACUUGUUCUGUUGAAAAAGCUCCGGCAGAGUCAGAUACAAAAGGAAGCCACCGCCCAGAAGCCCACGGGCUCCGCUGGGAGCGCUGUGACCACUCCUCCGCCGCUCGUGCGGGGCACCCAGAACCUUCCUGCCGGCAAGACAUCGCUUCAGACCUCUUCCCGAAUGCCGGGCAGCGUCAUCCCACCACCCCUGGUCCGUGGUGGGCAGCAGGUGUCCUCCAAGCUGGGCCCGCAGGCCAGCUCGCAGGUCGUCAUGCCCCCGCUCGUCAGGGGGGCCCAGCAGAUCCACAACAUCAGACAACAUUCCAGCACGGGGCCGCCCCCCCUUCUCCUGGCACCCCGCGCCUCCAUGCCCAGCGUGCAAAUUCAGGGACAGAGAAUCAUCCAGCAGGGACUCAUCCGUGUGGCCAACGUCCCCAACGCCAGUCUGCUCGUCAACAUCCCACAGGCUACCCCAGCGUCUCUGAAGGGGACGACGACUGCCUCCGCUCAGGCCAGCUCCACGCCCACCAGCGUGGCCUCUGUGGUUGCCUCUGCUGAGUCUCCAGCCAGCCGGCAGGCAGCGGCCAAGCUCGCCCUGCGCAAGCAGCUGGAGAAGACGCUGCUGGAGAUCCCCCCACCCAAGCCCCCCGCCCCAGAGAUGAACUUCCUGCCCAGCGCCGCCAACAAUGAGUUCAUCUACCUGGUCGGCCUGGAGGAGGUGGUGCAGAACCUGCUGGAGACGCAAGCGGGCAGGAUGUCAGCAGCAGCCGCCGCCGCCGCUGCCGCUGCCGCCGUGCUGGCCCGAGAGCCCUACAUGUGCGCACAGUGCAAGACGGACUUCACCUGCCGCUGGCGCGAGGAGAAGGGCGGCGCCAUCAUGUGCGAGAACUGCAUGACGUCCAACCAGAAGAAGGCGCUCAAGGUGGAGCACACCAGCCGCCUGAAGGCUGCCUUCGUCAAGGCGCUGCAGCAGGAGCAGGAGAUCGAGCAGCGGCUGCUGCAGCAGGGCCCGGCGCCCACCGCGGCCAAAGCUGAGCCCGCCGCCGCCCCGCACCCCGCGCUGAAGCAGGUCAUAAAGCCCCGGCGGAAGCUGGCGUUCCGCUCAGGAGAGGCGCGCGACUGGAGUAACGGGGCUGUGCUACAGGCCUCCAGCCAGCUCUCUCGGGGCUCGGCCGCCACGCCCCGAGGCGUCCUGCACACGUUCAGCCAGUCGCCCAAACUGCAGAACGCAGCCUCAGCCACGGCGCUGGUCGGCAGGACCGGCAGACAUUCCGAGCGAGCUGCGGGGACCGCCAAGGGCGGUGCUGCCACCAACUGGAAGAAGACGCCCCUGAGUGCAGGCGGGACCCUCGCGUUUGUCAGCCCCAGCCUGGCUGUGCACAAGACGUCCUCGGCCGUGGACCGCCAGCGGGAAUACCUCCUCGACAUGAUCCCGCCACGCUCCAUUCCGCAGUCGGCCACGUGGAAGUAGUGCGAGCCCGGCCCCGUGGAGGACAGGCGCCCUCCAGCCCGGAUGCCGCCCGACCAGACGCCAAGACGCUGCGCUUGCCUGAGGCAGCAGACGCCGUCCU